AUGAGAUGAACGAGAUCUCCAACGCCAACUCUCGCCAGACCGUCCGCAAGCUUGUCAGCGAUGGCCUCAUCAUCCGCAAGCCCGUCACCAUGCACUCCCGCUCUCGCGCCCGUGAGCUCAACGCGGCCCGCAGAAUCGGCAGACACCGCGGUCUGGGUAAGCGCAAGGGUACCAAGGAGGCCCGUAUGCCCAGCGAGAUCCUGUGGAUGCGCCGCAUGCGUGUCCUCCGUCGUCUGCUCGUCCGCUACCGUGCCUCCGGCAAGAUCGACAAGCACCUUUACCACGAGCUCUACCACCUGAGCAAGGGUAACACCUUCAAGCACAAGCGUGCUCUCAUCGAGCACAUCCAGAAGGCCAAGGCCGAGAGAACCCGUGAGCGUGCUCUCAAGGAGGAGAUGGACGCCAAGCGUGCCCGCAACAAGGCUCUCCGUGAGAGACGCGCUGAGCGCCAGGAGGCCAAGCGCAACGCUCUCGCCGAGGGAGAGUAAAUUUCCUUUGUUGACGUUUGACGGCGGUGCGGAGGUUGAAGCAGGGAAGGAACUUGGGGCAACUCGAUCAGGCAACGGAAACUCGGUCGACCGAUUUCCUUUCCUGCUUUGGCUCGAUGGUUUGAUUCAUCCGGGACGGGUCUUUUUUUGUGUCAUAUGGAGAAUCUGGAUCGGGGAAAGGGUUCGUUCGGGAAAAGAGCAGGAGGCAACGUGCAAAAAGCGUUUCCUCUCUUUGGCUUUUUUCUCUCCUCGGAUGGAUAAUACCAACUUCUGAGAGAUGAAAAAGUGAGGGUGCCCAGCAAAAGGAAAAGAAA